GUUGCUGUAAUGUGGAUUGUGCUGUGUGUACUUUGGCAUUUUGUCUUGUGUGUCGUCGCUCUUGCGUGAUCUUCUUGCCGUCCGGCUUGCAUUUUCCGUUUUGGGUCACUGCCGUGGAAAUGAGAAUGACAACGGCUGCCCUUGAUGCACUGUAUGAGUCCUGGCUCUCUCGCCCCACAUCCCUCCGAGUCACAGCCGGGAUUAUGCUUUAGAGAGCUUUGGUUUAAUGAAGCAGCUCAACGGCUUGGUAUUAGGAUGGCGGUCACGUGCGCAGCACUUGUGCUGCCAUUUUACUCCAACAGAGGGCCCGCUUUCACUGCGUCCAGCACCUUGGCUCUUCCCCUGCAGGCUACCUCCCCUCGCCUGUCACGUAACUUAUGAUUUGGACACUUAGAGAAGGGUGUGAGUGGUCUAACUGAUUUUUAAGUGACAACGUGAGUACGAAUGGCUGUCUGUCGCUAUGUGUCCUGCGACUGACUGGCGACCAGUCCAGGGCGUGGUCCGCCUUUCGCCCGGCCAGGUUGAGCUCCAGCUCCUCGUGACAAUGAACAAGAUAAGCGGUUUUAGAAAAUGGAUGGCUGGGUGAAAUUAAUACAUCUCUGGGAGUGAAUGCUGAAUGUUUGUUUUGUAGCUCCUCAGAAUGUUCAGGUCGACCGAAUAAAGUGUCCAGUGUCCGUAUAAUCACUGAAAGUUGGAGCAAAUCUUUCUUUAUUUUUUUAAAUAAAGAAAACAAAUGGUGACCGACCAUCAAGAAUGUGAUGAUGACCAUCAAGAAAGUGAUGAUGAUCCUAUGCCCACAAGUGACAAGGGCCCGAGAAAAGAGUAUAAUAUUUCCAUUUGCGUAUAUUCUGUAUAAAAUAUGAUGCGGUCAUGAUAGCAAACUGACCUGUUUCUGUGCAAAGAAUUUAUUGCAGCACACUGAAAAUGAAAGGACUCCACACGCCAGAAGAGAUGAUAUGAAUGGCUUUUAUAAUGGCCGCCUGCAGUAUUAAUGACGUUGAGUCUAGGGCAAUGAAAACGUCGUUAAUACGAGGGCCUAUUUGCAUCAUUGAUGAAAUGGGGGAUUUAGGAUGUUCAUAUUAUGGCACAGUGAAAGAUCAUUUCUAUUUUUAUCAGGAACAUUUCUCUUGAUGUUUUUGCUUUUGUUUUUUUAACAACAGUUUGUGUGUGUGUGUGUGUGUGGUAAAGGUUCGAAUCACUAGUUUUUGAAUUUUGUGUUUAGCACUCAACUAAAAAUGAUUGAGAGAGUUUGUUGUAGGUUGUUUUCAGACGAGAAGCAUUUUCCGAGGAAUCGCAAUUAGCCUGUGCAGCUCCGUGGGUGUUGAUGCGUAUCAGGCAUCUGUCAUUGGAAGACGCAAGCGUUGAUAACUUUAUAUGCAUCACCCUGGUGUAAAACGGAAUGUCGCUCUGUGGCCUUCAAUUAAUCAUGGGACAGAUGUGAUAAUUAUGUGCAAUGUAUGAUGUUGAAAAACAUCCCAACGCGGUAUAUAAACGAGAUGGAAAGAAAAGGUGACAAAUGUUUUGAGUAAAUCCGUCCCGAUGUGGGAGAUGAACCUUUUUCAAAAUGUUUUUUUUUUUUCUUUUGUGUGUGUGUGUGUUUGUCAGUGCCCAACAAGCCGUUCUACCCAGCCCACUGGGAAAAUCUGCUAAAUGUCAGUGAUGGCGUGACUGAGCAUCCAUGCAAAGCAGUCGGAGACCGUUGCACACUUGUUCACCAGUGCACGAUGGCAUAAAUGCAGAGCGCAAAAUGUGUUUAUUUUGUGUUGCAGAGACAUGGCGUCAAAUGUAUUCCAAACUACAACAGCCGCACUUGAUUGUUUCACGUUGUUAAUGACGAAGAAUAUCACAAAGCGGUUAAUUAGGUCUGAAGCUACAGAACAGACUAGUUGUGCAUGUGAUUUGCAUUCUUUCUCCAAACACUUCGCGGCACUUCUGCAACAUCACAUUUUCCACAACAUCCUCCUCCUCCUCCUCUUCCUCCUCGCUGACUUGGAGUCGCUCCAUAUAAACACUCGUCCGCUCGCAGCUUCCGAGCGAGUCACCGUGUUCCCGCCACUGAUGGCUGUUAUUAUUGCUGUGGGCAGUCUGCAUGCGUGUGGGAGCAAGUGGCACUAUAUCAGGAAAGGAGAACGAUAUGUACAGCACUUAUAUAUAUAUAUAUAUGCCUUGUGGGCCGCGUGCUCAGUAAGACGGGUGGAUGGUCCCCAGCAAACAAUUUGAAAAUCAAGUUUGACAGAAAGAUCAUUAAAAGCAGCUUCUGUUGUUGUUGAUGUCGUCUUAACUUGACUGGACCUCUGGAUCAGUUUGAUAAGUGAACCACACCAAAUAAUACUUGUAUAGAAAUACCUGGACAAUAUAAUCAUAUCCAGCAAGAGCUGUUUCAAAAACUCUGGCUUUACUUCCAUUUCUAUCCAGGGUAGUUCAACAUUACUGCAAUUUCUGUAAACUACAACCAUGAUAAUUACCACAUGGUUAUCAGAUUUUCUGUACAUAUCACUUGUAAUGGAACUCGGCAUGCAUGUGCAAAGAUUUGGACUGUGAUUUCCUAUGACAUUACAUUUAUUUGAAUGUGAUGUGCUUGCAAAUGAGUUGUUACGUAGAGGAUGGAGGAUAGAAAGCAUGUGAUUCGGGGGUGAAAGGCAGAAUGUAUUGUGUUUGUUUCUUUAUCACCCAGAAUAUUUUUCGUACCAUAAUGCAUGCUGUUUUUCUUGCCUUUCAAGUCUUCAUCAAGUGCUCCUACAGGUUAUAAAUGCGUGUAGUAAUGGCAGGUUUGAAUAACAGCGAAGCCUUGUCGCUUGACUUGCUCAUAAAUUGGGUUUCCCGGCGCAUGCGUCGGAAAGGGCGGUGGCGCUGACAAAAAAAAAAAAGGAGAGAGAAACGAUAUGUGUCGUAUUCAUCGCACAACAGUCGGCUGCGGAUGGGACUUCGCUGCUCCGUAAUAACCUUGAGCGAUAGACGCGUUGUGAAAAAUGAACUCUUAUAUACAAUUAGGCUGAUACUUUCCUGAAUAAAGAAUUUUAUCAGAGCCGAAAUGAAAGCUGCACCAUUUGCGCGAGCCCCCUCCCUCCCUUUGCCCACACAGCAACACCACGGCACAGCGAGGAGAGGGAGGAGGAGAGGAAUCAGUCUUGCUCGGAGGGCAAACAUUUUCAUCCACAACAACGCAAACAUGGACACACAGGGAGAAAAUCGAGAGAAAUGGGCACCAGCCAGGUAGCAGGCAGCGUUGCGCACGUAGUCAUGCAGACAAUUUUCUCCCUCUCAGCGUGGCGGAGGGCGCACGUCUGGUUUUAAAAAGGCAGAUUUUUUUUUUCUUUCCAAAUACUGCCUCCCUGCGAUGGCAACAACAGCGCGUUACGGAUUAUGUUUCAUUAUUUUCAUAUACGGUGGCUGUACGAGGGGGCAGAUUCACUACUCCGUUCCGGAGGAGCUGGAGAACGGCGCACAGGUGGGUGAUAUUGCCCGUGAUUUAAGUCUGGACCUGAGGAAACUUAUCAGCCGACGCAUCCGGGUGACGCCUGAGAGCGGACGGCGCUAUUUCACCGUUAAUCACAAAAGUGGGAAGUUGGUGGUGAGUGACCGUAUUGACCGCGAGAGCCUGUGUGAAGCGGGUGUCACCUGUUCACUCAGCCUGAAGGUGAUUGUGGACCACCCCCCGGAAGCGCACGACGUGGACGUGGACAUUCUGGACGUUAACGAUAACGCACCGAGGUUCCCGCAUUCGGAGUAUCGACUGGAAGUGUCGGAAUCCGCUCUCACUGGGACCGAGUUCCACAUCGAGGCCGCUCGCGAUCCAGAUGAGGGCUCCAACUCUGUGACGCGGUACCGCCUCAGCCCCAACCAGCAUCUGACCCUGGACUCUGUUAAGCCUUUCUCUAAGAGCAAGCACAUUGAGCUUAUUCUCAAAAAGCCCUUUGACCGCGAGCAGACGCCAUCUGAUCAGCUCAUCCUGACAGCCGUGGACGGUGGUACCCCGCAGAGAAGCGGCACAGCCAAAAUCAAUGUACGCGUCCUUGAUGCCAACGAUAAUGUGCCUGCCUUUGACAGCUCAGUGUAUAAAGUCAAAGUGAGUGAAAACUCACCUAAAGGUACCCUUGUCAUUCAAUUAAAUGCUACAGACCUCGAUGAGGGCUCCAACGGGGACGUUUUUUACUCAUUCAGCACUUACACUCCGGAAAGAGUCAGACAGACGUUCUCCAUAGAUACAGACACAGGAAAGAUAACAGUGAAGAAUAAUCUAGACUAUGAGGAGACAAGCUCGUACGAAAUCUACAUUCAGGCGAUGGACAAGGGGCCCGCCGCUGUGGCGGUGCACUGUAAAGUGGUGGUAGACGUUUUAGACGUUAACGACAACGCGCCCCAAAUUGUCCUGUCGUCUCUUUCGGCUCCCGUGCGCGAGGACGCCCGCGCAGACACCGUUGUCGCGCUGAUCAGCGUAAACGACCGAGAUUCUGGCCCGAACAAGCAAGUCGUCCUGGAGCUCUUGCCUCCCACGCCCUUCAAAAUCAAAUCCUUCCGCAACCACUAUAUCGUCGUAACCUCUGCCUUCCUGGACCGCGAGACCGUCUCAUCCUACAACGUCACCGUAAGCGCCGUAGACGGCGGCACCUCGCCUCUGUCGUCUCAAAUGACCUUCAAAGUGGACGUCGCCGACGUAAACGAUAACCCUCCUCGAUUCGAACAGACGUCGUAUACCGUUUACAUCACUGAGAACAACGCCCCCGGUUCGCCGCUCUGUACCGUCAGGGCCGCGGAUGCUGAUGCGGCUGAAAACGCGCGCAUCACCUAUACUGUCCUCAAUGACAACAACCACGGCAUUCCUGUGGCCAGCUACGUCGCCGUCAAACCCAACACCGGUGAGGCCUACGCGCUGCGCACCUUUGACUUUGAGACCCUGAGAGAGUUUCACUUCCAGGUGAAAGCGCAGGACAACGGCGCGCCCCCGCUAAGCCGCGUGGCCACUGUGUACGUUUACGUUAUGGAUCAGAACGACCACGAGCCAAGGAUUGUGUACCCGCCUGCCAACGGGAGCCUCACCGCCGAGACACUGCUGAGGAACGCCGAGGCUGGCGCGUUGGUAAUGAAGGUGGUGGCGUGGGACGGCGACGCGGGGCAGAACGCGUGGCUGCUGUACGCCCUGCGACCGGCCAGCCCGGGGUUUGACCUCUUCAAGGUGCACGAGCGCACCGGCGAGAUCCGCACCACCAGGCGCGUCAUCGAGGAUAACGCCACCUCCUUUGCGCUAACCGUUCUGGUACGUGAUAAUGGCCUGCCGCCGCUCUCGUCCACCGCAACUAUCCACGUGCACGUGCUGGAGCUCGUGCCCAAGUUGACCCCCGACCCCAAGCGCAUCGUCAGGCCCGAAAGCCCCUUGAUGUUUUCCCACGUCACCAUCUACCUCAUCAUCGCCCUGUGUGCCACCACCUUUGUCUUCUUGGUGACCGUCUGUGUGCUGGCCAUCGUGCGUUGCCAUGCCUACUGCACCCAGCCCGGUUCCUGCUCCCCUUGCUGCGUAUCCAAGAAGAACUUGCCUGAGGGGAGCAGCGCACCUGCUGCCAGCGGGGCCGGAGGACGACCCGCGUCAGGCGGAGGCCAGUCGGGUGCCAACGUGGCCCUGCGCCGAGACCUUAAAGUCGAACCGCAUUACAUCGAAGUGCGGGGUAACGGCUCCGUCACCAAAACGUACUGCUACAAAACGUGCCUGACGGCCACCUCGGGAAGCGACACGUUUAUGUUCUACAACACGGGACGACCCCACAGCGGCACCUGGGGCUCGGGCUACGUCACCAGCCACAGCGGACACAGCCAGAUUGUCGUUCGCCGUCUCAGUAUGCCCGAUGCGAGCGCCAUUCAGCCCAAGUUUCCGAAUUCUGACUGGAGAUAUUCAGCCUCCCUGAGAGCAGGUGGUGUCAUGCAGAGUUCAGUCCAUAUGGAGGAGUCCUCGGUGAUGCAGGGAGCCCAGGGCGUUCUGGUUCAGAACUGGCCCACAGCAUCAAGCGCUGCUGAUGCUGAAGGGGGAGAGGUGUCGCCCCCGAUGGGUGCCGGAGUCGACAGCAACAGUUGGCACUUUCGCUACGGCCCCGGGGGUCCCGGCGCCCCCCCGCAGCACCUGAAGGCCGGCGAGGUUCCGCCGGAGGCGUUCAUCAUCCCCGGCUCCCCCGCCAUCAUAUCCAUCAGACAGAACCAAGGAGGAGAGGACGACAAGAGCGACUUUAUCACCUUCGGAAAGAAGGAGGAGGCCAAGAAGAAGAAAAAGAAGAAGAAGGACAAGAAGGACAAAAAGGGCAAAGAUGAUGAUGAGUAAAGAAGCAAGAAGUGAAAAUUGGCAAAGGAAAGAAAAAGGGUGUUGCUAAAACAGAGGUACCAACCAAAGUCCACUGGGUUUGCUUUUAAGCUGGCCUUUACCUUCAGUCCUCACUGAGGUAAAUUAUUGAUCUUGCCUUCAGAAACAAUAAAAAGAUAGAUUUUCAUCCACGCCCCCAUGUGCCUAUACACCCUGAGUCAACGAAAAUGUUGCUAGAAAAUAACACAGGAGCACUCUUUAACCCCAUCCUGAUUGUUUAGCCUCCUUCAACCCGCUGGGCACGUUGGCACCUCUGUAUUACCCCCUCCCCAAACCAUGAGAAAUCAUUCUCUGCGAGAGAAGACAAAUACUUUGUAAAAGCUCUGUGCCAGCCAAGAAAAAGGAAAAGUCAGGUGUGUGCAAUCUGGAGCUGGAUACACAAAAAAAACACACACACACACACACACACACACACACAUGAAUACAAUAUACACACACGACUUGUAAAUAGCACAGGGGAGAGUCACUGAAACAAAGGCUAACAUUUCCAACAAAACUGCUGCAGUUCUUACUACCAACAGUGUUUCCUGUGAUCGCAAAAGAAUCCACACGCAUGCACGCUCACACACAGUCAAACAUGCUAACACACACUUUGCCAUGUGGACACUGACAGCACUUGAGAAAAAGCUUAAAAAAAAUAAAACAAUAAAAAAAAUUCAAAAGGCAACGAGAGAAAAUCCUGCGCUGCAAACGAGGCACGGUCCGGUCCGCUUUUUUGCCACCUAUGGGUUAUCAACUCUCAGGAUGGACGGCGCAUCCCUUUGCGAUCACGCUGUAUUUGCUGACUGCUUCGAAAGGACCAAGAGAGCGAACGCUCCCGCCGGAAGCCCGAUGCAGAGAGCACAGGCAUGUUGGAGGGAUGGGAAGAUAGCUCGCGCUCUCCUCUCAAACGGACGACUCCGGCUAUCAGUCAGUGGACUCUGAAGAAGAUGAGCAGAAUCUUGAGAUUUUGGUAACACCCCUUCUUAUGUCCCCACGCUGCAGCAAAAGCUGAAAGCUUUCUGCUUUGAAUGUUUGGUAGCAACCAGCCCUUAAACCCAAUCCCGUUUCAACUUCUCACCUGCUUGUGCUCCUCCGAUGCUACCACAAAAUAUCCCCCAACCACGACCCCACUGACUGCCUCUUCAUGUCAAGAUGAAGUAAACCUACUUUCCUUAAUUCUCUGAAGAGAUUCACAGUACGUGUUUUGGCCAUUUUAUGUCGAGACCCCUCCCACCCACUCUCCUAUUCUUGCAUGUCCACCCCUCCAGACAUGUAUCCCCUGCUCAGGACCCGUCCUGGGAAAACGGCCUGCUCUGAACAUUGUGGUGUGCUGACAACAGCAUGGAGUAAUGUGGAUGUGGCCCAUUCGGGGUGGUGGGGGGCGGGGGGGGUCCAUACACCUUCAACUUGUCUCAAAAAGUGCAAAAUGGUUCAGUGCUUUUAACGUGAAUACUAUACGAUGCCGUUCACUUCCUGUUUGUCGCCGCUCUCGGGAGACGAAUCAGGUGGGAUUGAGAUGAGUCACAGUGGCGGAAGACCGGGCAGGAAGCGAGGUGGCGGGCGCCCCCCUGUCCCCCCACCCUCAAGACGAUUGCUUAUCAUCAUCGAGUCGCAUACUACCUUUUAUGUAUGCUGUAGAUUUAGCGUUUGAUUGAUUGUCCUGCUAAAAAAAUUUUUACAAAUCUGGGGCUUCCCCGUUAACGGCGAAAUUUCACCGCUCGUCUGUCCCGAGGCGAUGACGACGAGGCUGAAACUUGCGUCCGUGCUUCUGUGGCUCUCACUCUCCUGCCUGGAACUCGUUCCCACCUCCCCCAAAGUUUUGCGGCUCGGUAUGAUGUCACUCCAUUAAGUGGCUGCUGCAUGUACUGCUCUAAGGAAACAUACUAUAUAGAGAAAUAUAUAUAUAUAUACAUAGAUAGCGAUGAUUUUAUUUUUUUUUGUAUUAUCAUUUUUUUCUCUUCCAUUACUCACACAGGAAAUACUUGUAUGUACUUCUCUUGUCUAUGCCAAACAUCUACGUAUGUAUUAAAAACGUCACGCUCUGCAGAUGUGCUAUGGCAUCCACUAAACCUUUCGAUAUUUGUAAUGCUAUAGUGUGAUAUAUACGUUUUUAAUGCAUUUUGCCCAAAUUUGUAUUUAGGCUUUUGAAAACAAGUAAAACAAAAAAAAAUAAUAAUAAUAAUUUCACGCUGUCCAGCUGUGACAUGAUGAUCUAACUAACACUUGUAAUAUUGUAACUGAAAUAUGUAUGAUCAUAUGAUGAGCAAUCACUUCCCUUUCAUUCUUGCAAAGAAAAAUUAAAAAAAAAAAAAAAAAAAAACAAUCACCCAAAAAAACUG